CACAACAAGCUGAGGGCAUUCGUUAGCCCGGCUGCCUCUAACAUGGAGUACAUGGUUUGGGAUGAGGGAUUGGCCAAGAUGGCUGCCGAUUGGGCUGGUCAGUGCGUCUGGGAGCACGGCCCAAGUCGCCUCAUGGAUUACGUCGGACAAAACCUGGGCGUCUACUGGGGCAGGCCCCGCCCUCUGACGUACCACGUGCAGAGUUGGUACGACGAGGUGGCCUGGUACUCGUAUCCAGGAUCGGGGGACUGCGACCCGUCCUGUCCCUUGCACUGCAAAGGGCCCGUGUGCACCCACUACACGCAGCUGGUGUGGGCCACCACGAACCGCAUUGGCUGCGCGGUGCAGUUCUGCUACAACAUGAACGUGUGGGGCAACACGUGGGAGAAGGCGCUCUACCUCGUGUGCAACUACUCGCCCAAAGGGAACUGGAUGGGUCAAGUUCCAUACCGCCGAGGUCGGCCCUGCUCCCAGUGCCCUCCAAGCUACGGUGGCCGCUGCAAGAACAACCUCUGCUUCGCGGGCAGAAGCCGACGGCGACACUAGCAACUGGGAGGACGACUCCAUCGCGGGGGGCCUUGCCGUAGGAUCAGCGCAGCCCCCGCAACUGCGCCGCAAGGGCCCCGCAGCCUGCCCGACCCCCCGGCUACAGGCCUUAGCCGACCGUCCCAACGCACAGACGCCGCGCAAGGCCAGGCCACGCGCGGCUGGCCUGGAAGAGGGAGCAGAUGCACCGGGCCUGGGCCCACGGGAUCCCGCGGCGAUGGCCGCCCUCCGCCAACCGAUGUCGCGACGACAAGCUCGCAAUGAAAUGGCCGCCGUCCCGUCGACCCCAUCACGCCCACGCAAGAAGGCAACCACCCUCCCGCCGACGACGACGGAUCCGCCGCCGCUCACCCCCUCGAGCAAAUCGAACGCCCUCCUAUUGACGUCGCUGAUCACCCGCAACAAAAUGGCCGCCCUCCUAUUGACGUCGCUGAUCACCCGCAACAAAAUGGCCGCCCUCCCAUUGACGUCGCUGAUCACCGGCAACAAAAUGGCCGCCCUCCCAUUGACGUCUCUGAUCACCCGCAACAAAAUGGCCGCCCUCUCAUUGACGUCGCUGAUCACCUGCAACAAAAUGGCCGCCCUCCCAUUGACGUCACUGAUCACCUGCAACAAAAUGGCCGCCCUCCUAUUGACGUCGCUGAUCACCCGCAACAAAAUGGCCGCCCUCCUAUUGACGUCUCUGAUCACCCGCAACAAAAUGGCCGCCCUCCUAUUGACGUCGCUGAUCACCGGCAACAAAAUGGCCGCCCUCCUAUUGGCGUCUCUGAUCACCCGCAACAAAAUGGCCGCCCUCCUAUUGACGUCGCUGAUCACCCGCAACAAAAUGGCCGCCCUCCUAUUGACGUCGCUGAUCACCGGCAACAAAAUGGCCGCCCUCCUAUUGGCGUCUCUGAUCACCCGCAACAAAAUGGCCGCCCUCCUAUUGACGUCGCUGAUCACCCGCAACAAAAUGGCCGCCCUCCUAUUGACGUCGCUGAUCACCCGCAACAAAAUGGCCGCCUUCCUAUUGACGUCGCUGAUCACCCGCAACAAAAUGGCCGCCCUCCUAUUGACGUCUCUGAUCACCCGCAACAAAAUGGCCGCCCUCCUAUUGACGUCGCUGAUCACCGGCAACAAAAUGGCCGCCCUCCUAUUGACGUCUCUGAUCACCCGCAACAAAAUGGCCGCCCUCCUAUUGACGUCUCUGAUCACCGGCAACAAAAUGGCCGCCCUCCUAUUGAUGUCGCUGGCCACUCGCUACAAAAUGGCCGCCCUCUCGCCGACGUCGCCGCUCGCCCCAAAUCGAACGGCCGCCCCCACGCCGACGGAUAUGGUUGGCCACGAUGCACCAGGCCCGAUCUACGGAUCGCCGGUGCCACCCUUCCCCGGCGAUCGCGUGGCCUCCGUCGAUUGCGCGCGACGCGGUACGCCGCCGUACCCCAGAGGUCGCAAACGGGUUUUGAUUCCUUACCCGUACCCGUACCUGGCCGCACCAGGGUCGCAAACAGGUACCCGUACCCAUACCCGGCCGUACCCGUACCCUACCUGUACCCGGCCGGGUACGGGUAGGGUACAGGUAUCGGGUACCCGAUUGCGACCUCUGGGAUGAAGCCAUGUUGCAGGCGC